AUGGACAUGAAUCUCCAAAAGGACAACCUAUUAAAACAUCAAAUUUUCUCCUCAAAUCAAAGAUUCUGGGCAAGCGCGUUCCAACAUCUCCACGACGCCCAAGAGGCCCCAAGCAAGCGCCCUCUCGAGACGCCAACCCCAGCAAGCGCCCCUCGAGGACGCCCAAGAGGCCCAAAGCAAGCGCCUCUCGACGACGCCCAAGAGGCCCCAAGCAAGCGCCCUCUCGCGACGCCCCAAGAAGCCCCUAAGCAUGCGGCCCUCUCGUGGACGCCAAGAGGCCCAAGCAAGCGCCCUCCGAGGACGCCCAAGAGGCCCCUAGCAAGCGCCCUCAGGACGCCCAAGAGGCCCCUGCAAGCCGCCCUACGCCCAAGAGCAAGCGCCCUCUCGGACGAACGCCCAAGAGGCCCCAAGCCAAGCGCCUCUCGAGACGCCCAGAGAGCCCCAAGCAAGCGCCCUCUCGAGGACGCCCAAGAGGCCCCUAGCAAGCGCCCUCUCGAGGACGCCCAAGAGGCCCCUAGCAAGCGCCCUCUCGAGGACGCCCAAGAGGCCCUAAGCAAGCGCCUCUCGAGGACACCCAAGCCCCAAGCACCGCCUGUGGACGCCCAAGAGGCCCCUAGCAAGCGCCCUCUCGACGACCGCCAAGCAAGGCCCCUCUCGAGGAGCAAGAGGCCCCAAGAUGCCCCCCAAGCAAGCGCCCCUCUCGACGACGCCCAAGAGGCCCCUAGCAAGCCCCUCUCGAGGCCCAAGAGGCCCCAAGCAAGCGCCCUCUCGAGACGCCCAAGAGGCCCAAGCAAGCGCCCUCUCGAACGCCAAGAGGCCCAAGCAAGCGCCCUCUCGACGACGCCCAAGAGGCCAAGCAAGCGCCCUCUCGACGACGCCAAAGAGGCCCCAAGCAAGCGCCCUCUCGAGACGCCCAAGAGGCCCCAAGAAGCGCCCUCUCGAGGACGCCCAAGCAGGCCCCAAGCAAGCGCUCUCUCGUGGACGCCGAGGCCCCUAGCAAGCGCCUCUCGAGGACGCCCAGAGCCAAGGCAAGCGCCUCUGUGGACGCCCAGAGGCCCCAAGCAAGCGCCGUCUCCAACGCCCAGAGGCCCCAGCAACGCCCUCUCGUGGACCCCCAAAGAGCAAGCGCCUUCUCGAGGACGCCAAGAGGCCCCAAGCAGCCCCUCUCGAGGACCCUCGCCUCUCGUGGACGCCCAAGAGCGCAAGCAGGACGCCCAAGAGGCGCAGCGCCCUCUCGAUCUCAAGGACGCCCAAGAGGCCCCUAGCAAGCGCCCUCUCGAGGACGCCCAAGAGGCCCCAAGCAAGCGCCCUCUCGAGGACGCCCAAGAGGCCCCAAGCAAGCGCCCUCUCGAGGACGCCCAAGAGGCCCUAGCAAGGCCUCUCGUGGACGCCUGA